AUGGGGAGUGCGUUGCGCAAGGAAGGCGGUGGAGGCGACGCGUCGGCGCGGACGGUGCGCGCAGGGACGGGCGCCCAGGCCGAGCCGCCCCGCCCGCUCCGCACCACCCCCGACUGGGGUGAGGCGGCCGUCAACGGGGAGCACCUGUGGAACCCGUCCGCGGCGUCCGGCGACUGCUGCUACGUCACCGACUGCAAUCGCCAUGGGCCCCGGCUGCGCUGCGCCGCGUGCCGCGCGGUGGCGCACGCCGCCUGCCUGCCGCAGCUGCAGCUGGCCUGCAAGCCCAGCUUCCGCGACGUGGGCGUGCGGCAGUACCGCGAGCAGAGCGCCGUGCCGCACCACUGGGUCCACCGCCGCUCGCAGAAGGGCAAGUGCAGACACUGCGGGAAGCUUCCGCGGCGCGGCUCCUUCAAAUCCAGCCUGCGCCGCUCCCCUAAGAAGAAGACGGGCUCCAAGAAGAGGACCAAGGAGAAGGAGCAGCGCGAGCAGCGCAGCUUCGUGCUGAAGCCCAUCCCCAACGCGGAGACGCGGCCAGUGGUGGUGUUCAUCAACCCGCGCUCCGGCGGCAACCAGGGCGCCAAGCUGCUGCAGAAGUUCCAGUGGCUGCUCAACCCGCGCCAGGUGUUCGACCUGACGCAGGGCGGCCCGCGCAUGGGUGAAUAUGCACCUUUUGAAGCAUGUGUAUUGUAUAAUUAA